AUGGCUAGUCGUGCCCUAUUUGGACGACUUUCCGCGCGAAUCCCUGUCACUGCGCGGACAUAUGUCACCGCGCGUCCUUCCGCACUACGCUCCUUCCCGCGCACGAAGCUGCCGCUGGCAAACGCGAGCACGACGGCGGCCAAGGCGGACCCUGAGACAACAGUGAACGACGGUGACGUUGCAGAGAUCCUAUCUUCGCCGCCCCAGAGCGUCCCCCCAACUUCCUCUGUUGCACAAACAGCCUCCGCCGCGCCCCUCUCUGUAUUCGCCCCGGAGACGAAUGGACAGGCGGGAGAUGUGGAGGGCGCUCCAACCGACUGGUCGAAGAGCUACUACGGUCUGUCGGUGGAGCCCUUCCCGAAGGAGGUUUCAGAAGUGUUGCAGGCACCCACAGAUCCUCUGGACAUCGAGGUCAAGCCUGAUGGACUCAUAUACCUGCCCGAGAUCAAGUACCGCCGAGUGCUGAAUAAAGCUUUUGGACCUGGAGGCUGGGGCCUCGCGCCGAGAAGCGAGACGCAUGUCGGUCCCAAGAACGUCAGUCGAGAAUAUGCGUUGGUGUGUCUUGGAAGACUCGUUGCCGUUGCACGGGGCGAGCAAGAGUACUUUGACCCCAACGGCAUCCCAACUGCCACAGAAGCAUGCAAGAGCAAUGCCCUCAUGAGAUGUUGCAAAGACCUCGGGGUUGCUAGCGAGCUAUGGGACCCGCGCUUCAUACGAGAGUUUAAAGCGAAGUAUGCUGUUGAAGUGUUCGCAGAACACGUCCCUACCAAAAAGAAGAAAAAGCUCUGGAGGCGCAAAGAUCAGCCCAAGUUCGAUUAUCCUUACAAGGAGUAA